AAAAACUCGCCUCUUGGGACAGAUCAGUGUUUGGACUGAAAGGUGACCCCGGGGCGGACCCUUCCGACGGUAAGUUGACCUCAAAUAUGACUCCUCAACUCGGGGAAUCGUCUUGUUUUCUGCAGAAAACAUACAGCCUCUGCGAGGCCACUCUGACCUUUUGCUCGUUGAUUUUGGACCCCCGUUACUUUCAACACUGCUUGGGACUCCGCCUCAAUAUAUCUGAUCCUUGGUUGCUGCACUCACUCACAGAUGAGAGGAAGAGGUCCCCACCACCCCAUCGACUACGAGAAGGUUCGCACAGGAUCUCAUCUCUCAUGCCGACUGCCAGAUGGCAUGAUGAUGGACACGCAGAUCUGAUGAUGUUGGCCUCUGUGUGUGUGUGUGUGUGUGCAGGAGAUAUGGGAUGAGUGGAUGUGUCCGCCCGGCGGCGAUGACGUCUGGCAGAGGGGCAUCAAAGCAUUCAAGAAGCACUGCCAUCAGUGUCACAGCAUCUACCCUGUGAGUGAGCGCAUUCGAACACCCGAAAUAUGUGUCGGCCGCUCUGUGUGUACGUCCGCUUGUGUGUGUGUGCAUGUAUGUGUGUGUGUGUGUGUGUGUAGGACGGCCACGUGUCAAGUGCGGGUCGGAGCGACUGGGGUCCCACACUCUGGAACAUCUGCGGCAGGCAAGCAGGCAUCCUCAAGGGCAAAGGUACGGUCACCACACAGACAGACAGACAGACAGCCGACAGGCAGUGAUUUGUGUCUGUCUGUGCGUCUGUCUGUGUGUCUGCCCUCUCCUUGUGUGUGCGCAGUUGGCGAGGGCCAGAUCCGCUGCAGCGAGUCAGUCAGCACCACCUGUCCUGUGUGUGUGUGCAUGUGGCUCAGCCAGAUCAGAUCCACUCAUAUUUUUCUCUCUCGCUUUGUUUGUGCGGGUGUGGUGUGCGCGUGUGUCCCUGCAGUUACCUGCAGGACCUGGGCAAGAAUGGCCUGGUGUGGAAUGACGCCAACCUGAUGCGCUACAUGCGCGACCCCAGGCCCUUCACCGACGUCGGCGACUCACAAAUCAUGAUGCGCUUCCAGGGCAUUCCAGACAUGGGGACACGCAUCGGUAAGUGUCAGUAUGAUGCACACACACACACACACACACACCAGCUCUGAUUCUCUCCUGUGUGUGGUGGUGGUGGUGUGGUGCGUGCAGACAUCCUGACGUAUUUGCACUCGUUGCGCCCCUUCGACCCCUACGGCGAGGGCGUGAUGCACAAUCUGAAGGACAGGAAGAGCUGGAAGGGCGUCACGCUACUGGGACACCUUCCCAUGGCGUAGACACACACAGACACACACACAGAGAGAAAGAGAGAGCGGCCUAUACAUCCUGUGCAGUAGUGCAGUAGUAUCUGCCCAUUUUUCAUCGGCUUCGGCAGGCAGGCAGGCAGGCAGGCCCAUUUUUCCGACCUGCUGUUUGGUAUGGUGGGCGUUGCGCUGUUGACAUGACCGGUAGCUAUAGAGGCACGCAGGCUAGAGGCACGCAGGCAGACUGGAUGGAUGGAUGGAUGGACGGACACGCAGCCGUACAGGUACUGUGUGGGCGCUGCUUGCUUGGCGCACUCACUGAUGAUAGGUGUUUGCAUUUUGUUGGUCAGUGCAGUGAGUGGGUCAGCCAAGCUGAUGCAUGACGGUACAGGUUUGUGACUGCCGAAGGAAGGUGUGUGGUCGUGGUGCGGUGUACGCGGAUUGCCUUCUGAUGUGAAUGAAGGCGGCUGAGGGCGAC